UCUAUUUUCCUUUUCUAAAUGGAAAAGGUCAACGUACUGUUGGUGGAGGAGGGUGUGGUUUGAGCCUGCAUUUGUUGUUAUAAAUUGAAGAUGCCGAGAUGCUGGCUCUGAAUCGUAACGGGUUCACCAAUAUGAGCCGUUUUUUUCAUUUGGCUGAAUGGCAUCCGUUAGGAUAGCAAAGCUGAUUUGGGUUUGGAGCCCUCUCCUCCUCCUGUAAACAGGUGUUGGGAUAAAUUCCUUCAGUUGCUGAUAAUUAAAAUAACUACAUCAGGGUUCGAGUUUCUCAUGUUAAGUAAGAAUAAGAUUAUUGCGAGAAUGAUAGGCUGCUGCGGUUGCUUUGGCUUUGGUUUUAGCAGAAGGCCUAAACGAGAACUGAGGCCAACUUCUGGCUUCAAUAAUCACCAUUCCUUGGAUUUGUUAUUGGAUGAAGAUAUUGAAGAUGAUGAUGAGUGUUCAUACAAUGGUGAUGUUACAGAUACCGCUCGUGAAGAUGAUGCUGUGUUGCACAGUCGUGCCAAUCGUUCUGAAGAGAUUUUAAGGUUCAGGGAACAGAAUGGAAUGAUUUGCAGGCAACAUCCUGUCAAGGAAACUCAAAAGAUUUUCCGCACAGAGGAUGAAAAUGGCAAUAAGAUGGUCAAUGAGUAUGUUCGUGAGUAUAAAAUUGGUGCUGGUAGCUAUGGGAAAGUGGUUUUAUAUCGGAGCAGCGUGGAUGGGAAGCAUUAUGCAAUUAAGGCAUUUCACAAGUCUCAUUUAUUAAAGCUACGAGUUGCACCCUCAGAGACUGCCAUGACUGAUGUGCUUCGCGAGGUUCUUAUCAUGAAAAUGUUGGAUCAUCCUAAUAUAGUCAAUCUCAUUGAGGUGAUUGAUGACCCAAGCACAGAUCAUUUUUAUAUGGUUCUUGAGUUUGUGGAAGGCAAAUGGGUUUGCGAGGGUUCAGGUCCACCAGAUGGCUUAGGAGAGAUCACAGCAAGAAAGUACAUGCGGGAUGUAGUUUCAGGGCUCAUGUACCUCCAUGCUCAUAAUAUUGUGCAUGGCGAUAUUAAACCUGAUAAUUUGCUAGUUACUCGUGAUGGUAUAGUUAAGAUAGGUGAUUUCAGUGUCAGCCAGGUGUUUGAGGAUGACAAUGAUGAGCUUCGUCGGUCCCCUGGGACUCCUGUUUUCACUGCCCCUGAGUGCUGUCUUGGUCUAACCUAUCACGGCAAAGCUGCAGACACGUGGGCUGUGGGAGUAACUUUGUACUGUAUGAUUCUGGGACAUUAUCCAUUUCUUGGGGAGACACUGCAGGAUACUUAUGAGAAGAUUGUUAAUAGCCCCUUGGUUCUCCCUGAUGACAUGAACCCCCGGCUGAAGAACUUGCUGGAAGGACUUCUUUGCAAAGAACCAAACAUGAGAUUGACAUUGGAGGCUGUUGCGGAGCACACCUGGAUUAUUGGGGAAGAUGGGCCAAUUCCUCAGCAUUUAUGUUGGUGCAAGCGAAAGAGCCUGCAGAGGGAAGAAUCUAAUGGGAGCAAUGAUGAUACUCAAAUAAUUCCUACCGACUAAAUUGUUUUCUCACGUUAUGUAUAGUAGAAAAGUAAGUUUUUUCCCCUUUUUGUUUGUUUUUUUUUUUUUGAUUCAGCAAUCUGAUUUGCAAGGAGGUAAAUCAGGACACUGAGUUCCGGAAACCAACCUUUUUGAAGUGCAUUGAAAUAUAUGUCCAAGAAGUGAGUUGGUGAUUAGGAUUAUUGAGUUGGAAAUGAUAGUCUGUAGAGAUUCAGUACUUUGUGGAGUUGGGGAUUUUAUCAUGAUUUAAAAGAGAAGCAUGUAUUGUGUCAGUCCUGAAUCUAAAACAUUGUUUAUCUGAUUGAGAAACAGUAAUUUGUUCC